AUGAUAUGUAGUGUUCGAAUCAGAUUAGCUACCAAGAUUCGUGAUGAAUAUAGAGAUUGUCAAACACUUCCUUCUGCAGUUUUAGAUCAACAAAACACGCUUACUGGUCCUUCUAGACCUACUCCAACACCCGCUACCUCAUCAACCAAACCUUUACUCCAAAUCGAAGCCAAUGGACAUUCUCAAUCUACUUCAUUAAUUUCAAGACCUUCAAACUCAAACUCAACAUCAAACCAACCCCAUGCAGCUCAUAAACAAACCACACUUUUGUCAAAAUCUUUAAUCGUUCGUAAAGAAGCAAGAUCCAUCAAACCUGAUUUCCAUCCACAAUGGAAACUCCAUCGAGUGAUCUCAGGUCAUCUAGGAUGGGUCAGAUCAGCUACCACCGAGCCUGGUAACCAAUGGUUUGCAACGGGUGCAGGUGAUCGGAUCAUUAAGAUUUGGGAUACAGCUAGUUGUAAUUUAAAGUUAUCGCUUACGGGACAUAUUUCUACGGUCAGAGGUUUGGCCGUUUCUAAUAGGCAUCCGUAUUUGUUUAGUUGUGGUGAGGAUAAGAUGGUCAAGUGUUGGGAUUUGGAACAGAAUAAAGUUAUUCGUCAUUAUCAUGGUCAUCUUAGUGGAGUUUAUUCUCUAAGUCUUCAUCCUACUUUAGAUGUCCUUGUGACCGCUGGAAGAGACGCGUCAGCAAGAGUUUGGGAUAUGAGGACGAAAGCUCAAGUGUUUGUGCUUUCGGGACAUACGGCUACGAUUGCAGAUGUGAAGUGUCAAGAGAGUGAUCCACAAGUGAUCACCGGAUCGAUGGAUUCUACUAUCCGACUUUGGGAUCUUGCAGCUGGUCGAACGAUGGCUCAACUUACUCAUCAUCAUAAAUCGGUUAGAGCUCUAACGAUCCAUCCUACGGAGUAUUCGUUUGCGUCGGGUUCGUCUGGUGGAAAUAAUAUUAAGAAAUGGAAGUGUCCGGAAGGAUCGUUUGUGCAUAACUUUUCAGGACAUGAUGCGAUCAUCAAUACAGUUGCAGUGAAUGAAGAUGGCGUGAUGUUUUCAGGUGCUGAUAAUGGAUCGAUGACAUGGUGGGAUUAUAAAACUGGUCUACCGUUUCAAACUAUGAGUGAUAUACCACAACCCGGUUCAUUAGAUGCAGAAGCUGGAAUCUUUUGUAGUACGUUUGAUGUCACGGGGACUCGAUUGAUUACAGGUUGUGCAGAUAAAACGAUCAAGAUUUAUAAAGAAGUGUCGUAA